AUGCAUGCUUCCUAUCUUGCCAACAUUUCAAAACCAAGCAAUGGCAGCAAUGUGCAAUCGUCAUCAUCAUUGCCAUCAUCAUCAUCCUCACCAAAUUCACAAAUGAUGGUUCACUUUUACAUUGAAGAAGGCAUUGUUUCAUGUCCUUGGUGUGGAGUCGAUUUGGGAACCUUCACUCCCAUUAUCAAUUCCGAACACACCAGUUGCAGCACCAUAAUGACUCGGAAUCAGACCUUUCAGGUUGUAUGGAUCCUAGAAUGCAGCGAAUGCAACCGAGUGUUUAAAUUGAAUGUCGGUCAGAGAUCCACCCACAAACUCGUAUCGAAUCCUUCUUCUUCUUCUUCCGACUCUUCCUCUUCAUUUUCCUAUUAA